UAACUGUCCAUUUUGAAAGUGUAUAGUGUAAUAAACAAACAGACGAUUAAAUAACAGAUUUGCGUAUUUGUUCUUCGUUACUGUUUGUUUAUAUUUCUACAAUUUGAAAUGUGUACUCAUUUCUUGUGAUCAUAAUAUUAAAAGUUACAAAAAUGCCAGUAUAUACUGAAGAAGACGAGAUUACAAAGUAUUCUAAACCAUGUUCCGGUGUCAAAGAGGACUUAAUUAUGUGUCUUAAAAAUACUGAUUGUGUAAAAGUUGAGAAGAAAACACCCAAAGAGUGUCUGUUGUCCAGACAUCCUUCUGUUCCAGAUGACUGCUAUUCAUUUAGAACAUUGUUUUUCGAAUGCAAACGAUCUCUGUUAGAUAAUAGACAAAGAUUUCGAGGUCGAAAAGGUUACUGAGAAGCAAGUGAAUGUUUGUAUGUCAAUUCAUGUGAAAUAUUGUAGAAUUAGAUGCAUCUUUAAAGGAUCAUUUAUAUGUAUUUUCUAUAUAAAUAAAUAAACCCAUUUACUGUA